UGUAAAGCCCAAAGCAGUUAUUACAAUGGCUGCUGCUCAGGAAACUAAUGGUCUCCUCACUGCCACUGCUGCCCCUGUCACCACAAAACCUGUCAAUAAAGAUGUCAAGGAAGAGAAGACAACAAAGGUGAUUGUGGAUCCAGCUAAAUCUGCAGAAGUCAAGCCUAAAGCUGAAGCAGCAACUAAAAACAUAAAGGCCCAGACAGUUAUUACAAUGGAUGCUUCUCCGGAAACCUCUAAACUCCCUACUGCCACUGACACUUCCACUCCUGCCAUCAUGAAACCUGUCAAUACAAAUGUCAAGGAAGAGAAGCUUAAACGAUCAAAGGUUAAUGAGGAACCAAUUAAACCUGCGCCAGUUGAAUCCAAAAUAGUUCAAGAGAAGGCCAAGAAAACUGCCAAAGUAACCGUCACUCAGGAGACCACCAAAUCCCCAACCGACACCACCACCAGCGAGCCGGUAAAGGAGAUAACUAAAGUCAAAAUGACUCAGGAGCCCACUGAUGCUAAAGUGACCUCAGUGAAUCUCUCAGCAAAGCCCACAACUGAUGAAGCACCCCAGAAAACAACUAUCGUGACUGAGUCCUCAAUACUUGAAGUUAAAACUAUCAUCAGCACAACAACUCUCUCAGCGCCCACGGCCAGUUCUGAAGACGCAAAACCCGUCAGGGGCAGAACUACAGUAACGGAGAUCAUUACAAAACAGGACAAAACUGAUGUAAAGGUGAUUCCUCAUGACGAGAAAGAUGGAAAAAUACUGCCAGAAGAAGUCCUUAGUGUCGCAUUAGCACAAAAAGACUCCUCUUCACCUCAGCUCAGUCAAAAUGUUGCCACCACGGUGGUGGUUACGGAAACCAAACAAGUGGUUGAAGGAAGCUCUAAAUCAAAAAGGAAGAAAAAGAAAUCCCCAGGUGAGAUAGCCAAGAACGAGGAACUACCUGACUUUAAGUUGGAGAAGGGAAAACCCAGUAUAGACAAGUCCCCUGAGAAGGUGGCUGAAAAUACCCCCCAACCCACACCAGUGAUCACCACAGAGCCACCGGAGGAAAAUAAGACUAAAAUAGAUAUUGAUGGGGGUAAAGUAAAGGAAGUCCAUAAAAAAAGGCAAGGGAAGCCAAUAAUGGAAGAUCCUAAACAAACCAAGGACAAGAGUAUUUCUGAAGUAGCAUCACUACCAGUAAAUCAGAUCCCAGCAGUGCCCCCGGUGGACCUUCCAGACAAUGCACAAGUAAAAGAGAGGAUUGUGGGAAGCAGUGUCAGCAAAAUAACACAUGGACCAUUAUGCUCCGAGGACAAGCUAAACGUUAAAUUGCCCCACACGGAGCCAGUGAAAUCUGAGAAAAUGACUAAAGUGGAAACAGUGACUGUGCAGAAAAUAACUCAAGUGGAGCUCACACAAGCAAGUCCUAAAGCUGAAGGCAAAAGCCCUGCACCGACGUCAGAAUCUCAGAAACCCACAGUUGAGACUAAAUCCUUAAUAAGCACCGACAAAGCUGCGGAGGAGUCUUCAAAGGGUAAGAAGAAAGGUAAAGGGAAGAAGCAGACGCAGGCACCAGUAUCAGAUGCCUUAAACACAAAGCCUGUCUUUUUGCCUGAAGCUGAAGCUUUACCAUCCCCUAACAUUACUCCACUGCCCAAGGGCACGUUUAAUGACAGCCAUGUCACGACCUCUGUCAUGACUGAACUGAAUGUUUCUCCCAAGAUGACUCCUGAAAGAAUGUGCUGCGAGGAAACAGGGCAGGCAGCAGCUGUGCUCUGUGAGGCCUCUGCAGACAAAGGGGAGGUGGAGCCAGCACGGCUCUGUGCAGAAAAAAUCAAGCGGGAGGUUCCGAAACCAAAAACAUCCUCCACUGCGAGGGAAGCACCCGCAGCCGGAGAAUUAGCGUCAGCAGCACCAGAAGAGGCAGCUGCAGCCCAGGCGCAGGCCAGCCCCCUCGACAAGCAAGAGGAGCCUCCCAGAGUUGCACAACAUUCAGCCAGUCAGGCAGCAGAGCGCAGCACAGAGAAUAGGCUCCCUGUUUGUGAGGCCUCAAAGCAGGAGGAAGAGAAGAAGAGGGACUUGGAAGAGGACACACCCUCUACCACCGCCACCACACCCGCAGCUGCCCAGCCUGACCAGCUUCACCUGGAAGACACCUGUGAGUCCGACAUAGACGAGGCCGCCAUGAAGAGGAAAAUUGUAGUGGUUGAAGAGAUAGUUGAGGUUAAGCAGCUUAUUAGUUCCGAGGUAGCUGAGGGGCAGUCACCUCCUCCACCUGGACAACAUGAGGAGGAAGAAGAGGACCUGGACCUGGAUGUUCUGGAAGAGAUCGCCAUAGAGCGGGCACUUUAUUCACCGCCGCCGCCGAGGGCCGGUGUGGAAGGGGCCUCACCUGAGCAGACCUGGGACCACUCACUGGACAAGCCAGAGGAGAGGACAUGGCCUCACUUCAUUGAAGAUGAACGAGAUCGAGUACAGAAAAAGACCUUCACAAAAUGGGUGAACAAGCACUUGAUAAAGCAUCGGAGGCAAGAGGCGCAGCGUCACGUGACCGACCUGUACGAAGACCUUCGAGAUGGACACAACCUGAUCUCGCUGUUGGAGGUCCUCUCUGGGGACACGCUGCCGAGGGAGAGAGACGUGGCCAGGAGCGCUCGGUUGCCCAGAGAGAAAGGCCGCAUGAGAUUCCACAAACUGCAGAAUGUACAGAUAGCACUGGACUUCCUCAGACACCGACAGGUCAAGCUGGUUAACAUCAGAAACGAUGACAUCGCAGACGGGAACCCCAAGCUGACCCUUGGGUUAAUAUGGACCAUCAUCCUUCACUUCCAGGUCUCCUCUUCUAUCUCAGAUAUUCAGAUCGGGGGCCUGUCAGAGGACAUGACGGCCAAGGAGAAGCUGCUGCUCUGGUCCCAGAGGAUGACGGACGGCUACCAGGGCAUCCGCUGUGAUAACUUCAGCACCAGCUGGAGGGACGGCAAACUGUUCAACGCCGUCAUACACAAACACCAUCCCAGACUCAUCGACAUGGGCAAAGUGUACCGACAGAACAACAUGGAGAACCUGGAACAGGCCUUCAGUGUGGCAGAGAGAGACCUGGGAGUGACACGCCUACUGGACCCUGAGGAUGUGGAUGUCCAACACCCUGAUGAGAAGUCCAUCAUCACUUACGUGUCAUCCCUGUAUGAUGUCAUGCCCCGGAUGGAUGUAGAGGGUGGCGCCAGAUCUAACGAGCUGGAGCUGCGCUGGCAGGAGUACUAUGAGCUGGUGACUAUUCUGCAACAGUGGAUGCGCCACCAUAUCACCAUCUUCGAGGAGAGGAAGUUCCCCGCCAGCUAUGAGGAGAUAGAGCUUCUUUGGCGCCAGUUCUUGAAGUUCAAAGAGACGGAGCUGCCAGUGAAAGAGACGGACAAGAACCAGUCCAAACGCAUCUACCAGUCCUUUGAGAGUGCCGUGCAAGCCGGUCAGGUGAAGGUCCCUCCAGGCUACCAUCCCAUUGAUGUGGAGAAAGAAUGGGGUCGACUUCACGUGGCCAUCCUGGAAAGAGAACGGCUGCUCAGGAUCGAGUUUGAGAGACUGGAGAGGCUCCAGAGGAUCGUAAAUAAAGUCCAAAUGGAGUCAGGGUCGUGCGAUACCCAACUCAGCCACCUGGAGACCCUGCUGGCGACGGACAUUCGUCUGCUGAAUGCAGGGAAACCAGCUCAGCACACAGCAGAGGUAGAGAGGGAGCUGGACAAGGCCGACAACAUGAUCCGCCUGCUCUUCAACGAUGUGCAGGUACUCAAGGAUGGGCGCCACCCUCAGGCUGAGCAGAUGUACCGCAGGGUUUACCGCCUCCAUGAGCGCCUGGUGAACUUGCGCACCGAUUACAACCUUCGCCUGAAGUCCUCCGUGACGUCCUCCGUGACGUCCUCCGUGACGAACAUAGUGAGGGCCCCAAUGACGAAGGUCACCCAGCAGUCCGUGAAGGUGCGGCCUGAGAUGGAUGACGUGACCAUUCGCUAUGUCAAAGACCUCCUGGCCUGGGUGGAGGAGAACCAGCUUCGCAUCGAUGAAGCCGAGUGGGGCUCCGAUCUGCCGUCUGUGGAGUCCCAGCUGGGCAGCCACAGAGGCCUGCACCAAACUGUGGAGGACUUCCGAUCCAAGAUUGAACGGGCCAGGGCUGACGAGAGCCAGCUAUCUCCUAACGGCAAGGGCUCGUACAGAGAAUACAUGGGUAAACUGGACCUUCAGUACGGCAAACUGCUGAACACUUCCAAGUCCCGCCUAAGGAACUUGGAUUCACUCCACGUAUUCAUCAGCGGUGCCACUAAGGAACUGAUGUGGCUAAAUGACAAAGAGGAGGAGGAGGUCAACUUCGACUGGAGCGACAGGAACACCAACAUGACGGCCAAGAAAGACAACUACUCGGGUCUCAUGCGAGAGCUGGAGCUGAGGGAGAACAAAGUCAAAGAUCUCCAGACCAUGGGAGACAAACUUAUCAAGGAUGGACAUCCUGGCAAGAAGACUGUUGAGGCCUUCACAGCCGCCCUGCAGACUCAGUGGAGCUGGAUCCUCCAGCUGUGUUGUUGUAUCGAGGCUCAUCUCAAAGAAAACACAGCCUACUACCAGUUCUUUGCCGAUGUGAAAGAGGCUCAGGACAAGAUGAAGAAAAUGCAAGAGAACAUGAAAAAGAAAUACAGCUGUGAUCGCUCCACCACAGCCACACGCCUGGAGGAUCUGCUGCAGGAUGCUGUGGAGGAGAAAGAACAGCUGAAUGAAUUCAAGACCCUUGCUACCGGCCUGAACAAGAGAGCCAAGUCCAUCAUCCAGCUGAAACCACGCAACCCCACCACCUCCAUCAAAGGCAAACUGCCCAUCCAGGCUGUGUGUGACUUCAAGCAACAGGAGAUCACCGUCCAUAAAGGAGACGAGUGCGCGCUCCUCAACAACUCGCAGCCCUUCAAGUGGAGUGUCCUGAACCACUCUGGACACGAGGCGGUGGUGCCCUCCGUCUGCUUCAUGGUGCCUCCGGUCAACAAAGAGGCCGUGGACAGUGUGUCCAGUCUGGAUUCAGGUUAUCAGCAGAUGGUUUCUAUGUGGCAGACGCUCCAUAUUGACAUGAAGAGCUUGCUGUCAUGGCAGUAUCUGAUGAGAGACUACACACAGAUACGCUCCUGGAACAUCACCAUGUUAAAGACCAUGAAGCCAGAGGAGUACAGGCUGAUGAUGAGGAACCUGGAGCUCCACUACCAGGACUACAUGCGUGACACCCAGGACUCGCAAAUCUUCGGCCCCGACGACCGCAUGCAGGUCGAGGCGGACUACACCAAGUCCACGCAGCAUUUCGAAUACCUGCUUCGCUCCAUGGAGAAAGGACGAAUGCUUGUUAAGCUCAAAGGUCAACAGGAUGAGACUCUGUGUAAGAACUACAUCUCUGAGAUCAAGGACCUGCGUGCGUGUAUAGAGGACUGUGAGACCAGGACCGUGGCUCGCAUCCGCAAACCUCUGGAGAAGGAACCUCUGAAAGAAUGUGUUCAGAAGACAACAGACCAGAAGAAAGUCCAGGUGAAGCUCGAGGGCCUCAAGAAGGACCUGGAUAAGGUGUCUGUGAGGACACAAGAGGUCUUGGCCUCCCCUCAGCAGUCCGCCUCAGCUCCCGUCCUGCGCUCAGAGCUUGACCUCACUGUGCAGAAGAUGGAUCACGCCUACAUGCUCUCCUCGGUUUAUCUCGAGAAGCUGAAGACUGUGGAGAUGGUCAUCCGUAACACACAGGGUGCUGAGGGAGUUCUCAAGCAGUAUGAGGACUGUCUGCGCGAGGUUAACAACGUGCCCAGAGAUGGCGAGGAAGUAGAGGCUUACAGAGCAAAGCUUAAGAAAAUGCGAAAUGAGGCAGAGGGCGAACAGCCAGUGUUCGAUUCUCUGGAAGAAGAGCUGAGGAAGGCCACCACAGUGAGCGACAAGAUGUCGCGCGUGCACAGCGAGCGUGACGUCGAGCUGGACCACUACCGCCAGCACCUGUCCAGUCUUCAGGACCGCUGGAAGGCCGUGUUCAGCCAGAUCGACAUUCGCAACAGAGAGCUGGAGCAGCUCGGCCGCCAGCAGGGCUACUACCGCGAGAGCUACGAUUGGCUGAUCAACUGGAUUGGCGACGCCAAGCAGAGGCAGGAGAAGAUCCAGGCCGUGCAAAUCACUGACACCAAAACGCUGAAAGAACAACUGUCGAAGGAGAAGAAACUGCUGGAGGAGAUUGAGAAUAACAAAGAAAAUGUUGAUGAGUGUCAAAAUUAUGCUAAAGCAUACAUUGAUACCAUCAAGGACUACGAACUCCAGUUGGUCGCCUACAGAGCUCACAUGGAUCCUCAUGAUUCUCCCUUGAAGAAAACCAAACUAGAUUCUGCUUCUGACAACAUCAUUCAGGAGUAUGUUACACUGAGGACCCGCUACAGUGAGCUGAUGACUCUGACUAGUCAGUACAUCAAGUUCAUCACCGACUCGCAGCGCCGCCUGGAGGACGACGAGAAAGCUGCAAAGAAACUCAAAGCGGAAGAGCAGAAAAAAAUGGCCGAGAUGCAGGCCGAGUUAGACAAACAGAAGCAGUUAGCUGCAGCUCACGCAAAGGCCAGUGCCAAAGCUGAGAAAGAGGCACAAGAGCUGAAGCUCAGAAUGCAGGAAGAAGUAAGCAAGAGAGAGGUCGCUGCUGUAAAUGCAGAGAAGCAAAAGCACAACAUCCAGCUGGAACUGCAUGAGCUCAAAAACCUCUCAGAGCAGCAGAUCAAGAACAAAAGCCAACAGGUGGAUGAGGCUCUUUACAGCAGGACCAAGAUUGAGGAGGAAAUCCACAUCAUCAGGAUCCAACUUGAGACGACACUAACACAAAAGUCUACCGCUGAAUCUGAGCUCACGCAACUCCGUGAACGAGCAGCCGAAGCUGAGAGACUCAGAAAGGCCGCCCAGGAAGAGGCUGCGAAGCUCCACAAACAAGUCAAUGAAGAGACCCAGAAAAAGCGCAUGGCAGAGGAGGAACUCAAACGCAAAUCUGAGGCGGAGAAAGAAGCUUCUAGGCAAAAGCAGAAAGCUUUGGAAGACCUCGAAAACCUCAAGAGGCAGGCCGAGGAGGCCGCAAGGCAAGUGGAGCAAGCGGAGAUUGAAAAGGACAGACAAAUCAAUGUCGCUUACGAGGUGGCCCAGAAGAGUGCCGCAGCUGAUCUCCUCAGCACACAAAACUCCUUUGGGGAAAAGACCUCCAAGUUGGAAGAGUCACUCAAACAAGAGCACGGCGCUGUCCUUCAGCUGCAACAAGAAGCGGAACGUCUCAAGAAGCAACAGGAGGAUGCGAUAAAUGCCAGAGAAGAGGCCGAAAAAGAGCUUGAUAAGUGGAGGCAAAAAGCUAACGAGGCCCUCCGUCUGAGGCUCCAGGCUGAGGAAGAAGCUCACAAAAAGAGCCUCGCUCAAGAAGACGCUGAGAAACAAAAGGAGGAUGCUGAGCGUGAAGCCAAAAAGAGAGCGAAAGCUGAAGAGUCCGCCCUGAAGCAGAAAGAAAUGGCCGAGAAAGAACUCGAGAGGCAGAGGAAGGUAGCUGAAAGCACAGCUCAGCAGAAACUCACUGCAGAACAGGAACUGAUUCGGCUCAGGGCCGACUUUGACAACGCAGAACAGCAGAGAUCUCUCCUCGAAGAUGAACUUUACCGCCUGAAGAAUGAAGUCGUUGCAGCGCAGCAACAAAGGAAACAGCUGGAGGAUGAACUGGCCAAAGUGAGGAGUGAAAUGGACGUCCUCACUCAGCUCAAGUACAAGGCAGAAAAGGAGACCAUGUCCAACACAGAGAGGAGCAAACUGCUUCUUGAGGCCGAAGCCAGCAAGAUGAAGGAAGUGGCUGAGGAAGCAAGCAGGCUUAGAGCUAUCGCCGAGGAGGCCAAGCAUCAGAGGCAAGUCGCCGAGGAAGAGGCAGCUCGCCAGAGAGCAGAGGCUGAGAGGAUUCUCAAAGAGAAACUGACUGCGAUCAGCGACGCCACCCGUUCAAAAACAGAGGCUGAAAUUGCCCUGAAAGAGAAGGAGGCAGAAAACGAGAGACUCCGGCGGCAAGCUGAGGACGAGUCUUACCAGAGGAAAGCUCUCGAAGACCAGGCCAACCAGCACAAGAAAGAGAUUGAGGAAAAGAUCAUCCUACUCAAAAAGUCAUCUGAGGCUGAAAUGGAAAGACAAAAGGCAAUAGUAGACGACACACUGAAACAGAGGCGAGUUGUUGAAGAAGAAAUCCGAAUUCUGAAGCUCAACUUUGAGAAGGCUUCAUCUGGAAAACUUGACCUGGAGCUAGAACUGAACAAACUGAAGAACAUUGCAGAGGAAACACAACAAAGCAAACUAAGAGCAGAGGAGGAAGCGGAGAAACUAAGGAAGCUUGCCCUCGUGGAGGAGAAGAGGAGGAGGGAAGCAGAGGAAAAGGUUAAGAAGAUCACUGCUGCAGAGGAAGAGGCGGCCAGACAACGCAAGGCCGCCCAGGACGAGCUUGACCGUCUGAAAAAGAAAGCAGAAGAAGCCAGAAAGCAGAAAGACGAGGCCGACGUCGAAGCAGACAAACAGAUCGUUUGCGCCCAACAAGCAGCCCUGAAAUGCAGUGCAGCUGAGCAGCAAGUCCAAAGUGUCCUUGCCCAACAGAAGGAAGACAGCAUCACGCAGCAGAAGCUCAAGGAAGAGUACGAGAAAGCCAAGAAGCUUGCCAAAGAGGCAGAGGCUGCUAGGGAGAAGGCAGAGAGGGAGGCAGUUCUCCUCCGCCAACAAGCAGAGGAAGCCGAACGGCAAAAGGCAGCCGCUGAGCAAGAAGCUGCGAACCAAGCCAAAGCUCAGGAGGACGCCGAGAGGUUGAGGAAGGAGGCUGAAUUUGAAGCUGCUAAACGAGCACAAGCAGAGAGUUCGGCACUCAAGCAGAAGCAACAAGCCGACGCCGAAAUGGCAAAGCACAAAAAACUGGCAGAGCAAACACUGAAACAGAAGUUCCUAGUGGAGCAAGAGCUCACAAAGGUUAAACUGAAGCUUGAUGAUACUGAUGAACAGAAAUCCCUCCUGGAUGACGAGCUGCACCGCUUGAAGGAUGAGGUCAACGAUGCUGUCAAUCAAAGGGGCCAGGUGGAGGAGGAGCUGUUCAAAGUCAAGGUCCAGAUGGAGGAGCUACUCAAACUGAAAACCAGAAUUGAGGAGGAAAAUGCACGCCUCAUCAAGAAAGACAAAGCCAACACACAGAAGUUCCUCGCCGACGAGGCUGAAAAUAUGAAAAACCUUGCAGAGGACGCUGCCAAACUUAGUGUCGAAUCACAAGAGGCUGCACGCUUGAGACAGAUGGCAGAAGACGACCUCAAUCAGCAACGAGCUCUUGCAGAGAAAAUGCUCAAAGAGAAAAUGCAGGCCAUACAGGAAGCAUCUAGGCUUAAAGCUGAGGCAGAGAUGCUCCAAAGACAGAAGGACUUGGCUCAGGAGCAGGCCCAAAAGCUGCUGGAGGAUAAACAACUAAUGCAACAGCGCCUGGAGGAGGAAACGGAGGAAUACCAGAGGUCGCUCGAAGCAGAGAGGAAAAGGCAAUUGGAGAUCGUAGCUGAAGCCGAAAAACUCAAACUUCAGGUUUCUCAGCUCAGUGAAGCCCAGGCCAAAGCUGAGAAGGAGGCUAAAAAAUUCAAGAAACAAGCGGAUAACAUCGCUGCCCGCCUUCAUGAGACUGAGAUAGCCACCAAAGCAAAUAUGACUGUAGUGGAAAAUACCAGCAAAGAGGCUGGCGACUUACGCGACACAAUCGCAGACCUAGAGAGGGAGAAGGCUAGACUGAAACAGGAGGCAGAAGAACUUCAAAAUAAAUCUAAAGAGAUGGCUGAUGCACAGCAGAAACAAAUUGAGCAAGAGAAGAUCAUGCUCCAGCAGACAUUCCUGACAGAAAAGGAGAAGCUUUUGACGAAGGAGAAGCUAAUUGAAGAUGAGAAAAAGAGGCUCGAGAGCCAGUUUGAAGAGGAAGUCAAAAAGGCCAAAGCUCUCAAAGAUGAACAGGACCGCCAGAGACAGCAGAUGGAGGAGGAGAAGAAGAAACUCCACGCCACCAUGGAUGAGGCCCUCAAUAAGCAGAAAGAGGCUGAGAAAGAGAUGCUCAACAAGCAAAAAGAAAUGCAGGAACUAGAGAGGAAGAGACUAGAGCAGGAAAGGAUCCUUGCAGAAGAGAACCAGAAAUUGCGCGACAAACUGCAUCAGCUUGAGGAAGCACAGAAAGACCCUGAGCCCAUCCAUGUUGAAAAGGUUCAGCCAACAGAGACAGUUUUAAAUGGCCAAAAUGCCGGUGAUGCGGUAGACAGUGUGGAGAAGAAACCAGAUCCCUUGGCUUUUGACGGCAUCCGUAAUAAGGUACCUGCACAGAGACUUCAUGACGUCGGCCUUUUAUCCAAGAAGGACUUUGACAAGCUAAAAAAAGGCAAUACCACUGUUCAAGAGCUUGGUGAGACUGAAAAACUAAAAGCAACUCUUAAAGGAAAGAACGGCAUUGCUGGCAUUUUGACACCAUCUAAUCAAAAAAUGACAAUCUAUCAAGCAUCAAAAGAGAAGAAGAUUACUCCAGGCACAGCCAUGAUCCUUCUUGAAGCCCAAGCAGCCACAGGUUACAUGUUAGACCCUAUUAAGAACCAGAAACUUUCUGUUAAUGAAGCUGUCAAGGAAGACCUGAUCGGCCCUGAACUGCACAACAAAAUGCUUUCAGCGGAGAGGGCAGUUAUUGGCUACAAAGAUCCAUACACUGGCGGGAAGAUCUCUGUCUUUGAAGCUAUGAAGAAGGGUCUGAUUGAACGUGAUGAUGCCAUCAGAGUCCUUGAGGCUCAGCUUGCAACUGGUGGCAUCGUCGACCCUAUCAAUAGCCACCGUGUACCCAAUGAAAUAGCCUACAAACAGGGACAAUAUGAUGCAGAAAUGAGUAAGAUUAUGAAGAAACCUUCAGAUGACACAAAGGGAUACUUUGACCCCAGCACUCAGGAACCUUUGACAUAUUCUGAGCUGAUGGCGAGAUGCACUACAGACCCUGACACCAGUCUGCUACUCCUGCCCAUCACAGACAAAGCAGCUCAGUGCUCAAGUAUAUACACAGAGGAGGAGACCAAGGACGUGUUCAGCAAAACAACUGUGUCCGUGCCUUUUGGACGAUUCAAGGGAAAGACUGUCACCAUUUGGGAAAUAAUCAAUUCCGAGUACUUCUCUGAGGACCAGAAGAAGGACCUUCUCCGUCAAUACAAGACGGGCAAAAUCACAAUCGAAAAAAUCGUUAAGAUUGUCAUCACCCUGGCAGAGGAGAAAGAGAAGAAGAACGAGAUCACCUUUGAUGGUCUGAGAGCACCUGUCACAGCCACUGAACUCCUGGAAUCCAAAAUCAUUGAUAAAGACCUCUUCAACAAAUUGCACAAGGGCAAUAAGACAGUCAAAGAGGUGUCUGAAAUGGAGCCUGUCCACAAAGCACUGAAGGGUACAGACUGCAUUGCAGGUGUAGUUAUCGACUCAUCCAAGGAGACAAUGUCCUUCUAUCAAGCUAUGAAGAAAGACAUGAUGAGGGCAGGGCCUGCCUUGCAUAUGCUUGAAGCCCAAGCAGGAACAGGCUAUGUGGUCGAUCCCAUUAAUAAUCAGAGGUACACUGUUGAUGAAGCCGUCAAAGCAGGUGUUGUUGGUCCUGAGCUGCAUGAAAAACUCCUGUCUGCAGAGCGAGCUGUUACAGGUUACAAAGAUCCUUAUACUGGAAAGACUGUAUCUCUGUUCCAAGCAAUGAAAAAAGAUCUGAUACCUAAAGAACAAGGAAUCCGACUGCUCGAUGCCCAAAUGACCACCGGUGGUAUCAUUGAUCCAGUGAAGAGCCAUUUCAUUCCUCAUGAUGUGGCCUGCAAGAGAAAUUAUUUUGAUGACGAAAUGAAACAGAUUCUUAACAGCCCUACUGAUGAAACUAAAUGCUUCUUUGACCCCAACACAAAAGAAAAUGUCACAUACUCACAGCUCUUUAAGAGAUGUGUCACUGACACAAAAACUGGUCUCGAGCUUCUGCCUCUUUCUGAUGAAGCAAUCAAUGCAAAGGAGGAGCCAACAUACACCGAUUCCCAGACAAAGGAGGCUAUGACUCAGGCAACUGUGGAGCUUGACUCUGGACCAUUUAAGGGCCGGAAGAUGACCAUCUGGGAAAUCAUCAACUCAGAAUAUCUCACUGAGGAACAAAGGCUUGACCUGCUCAGACAGUUUAGGUCAGGAAAGAUUACAAUUGAAAGGAUAACCAAGAUUGUCGUCACAAUUGUAGAUGAGAGAGAGGCCAAGAAGCAAGAACAGUCCAGCUUCAAGGGACUUAGAGCUCCUGUCCCAGCAGGCUCUCUGUAUGAGUCCAAAAUCAUCGAUAAACCAACCUUUGACCUCCUUCAACAAGGCAAAACAACACCUAAGCAAGUCAGUGAGAAUCCCAAUGUCAAUAAAUACCUCCAGGGCUCUGAGAGCAUCGCUGGCAUCUACCUGGAGCCAACCAAAGAGAAAAUAAGCAUUUAUCAUGCUAUGAAGAAAAAGCUCCUCAGACAUGACACAGGUCUUUCACUUCUUGAGAGCCAGGCUGCCACUGGGUUCCUCGUAGAUCCAGUGAGGAACCAGUGCCUGACAGUAGAUGAGGCAGUGAAGUCAGGUCUUGUUGGUCCAGAGCUACAUGAAAAACUUCUCUCUGCAGAAAAGGCUGUCACUGGCUAUAAAGAUCCAUUCACUGGCAACAAAAUCUCCCUCUUUGAAGCAGUGCAAAAAGAGCUCAUCCCAAAAGAGCAUGGCAUGCCACUGAUAGAGGCACAAAUGGUCAGUGGAGGAAUCAUUGACCCUGUAAACAGCCACCGUGUCCCAACUGAUGUUGCAUAUCAGAAGAACAUUUUCGGCAAAGAAACUGCCAAGAUUCUGUCUGAACCCUCUGAUGAUAACAAGGCUUUCUCAGACCCAGAAACUGAUGAAAAAGUCACCUACAAACAGCUUAAAGACAAGUGCCACAGAGAUCCAGAGACAGGCCUGUGGAUCCUUCCGCUCUCCAAGCCUCAGUCUCCAACUGUUGUGGAGAAGACAUACCUCUACACAGAGGAACAAACACAGAGUGACCUGACAGGCACCCAGAUUGACAUUCCAAUCGAGGGUCUUGCUGAUAAACCAGUGAAUCUGUGGGAAAUCAUGAACUCCAAUUUACUUCCGGAGCAAGAGAGGCAGAAGCUCAUAGAUGAAUAUCGCUCUGGUAAAAUCACAAAAGAGCGGAUGAUCAUCAUUAUUAUUGAGAUCAUGGAGCAGAGAGAGAUCGUCAGACAUGAUAGUCCACUGUCAUGUACGACUAUCAGGAGAAGAAUAACAAUUGAGGAGCUCUACAAUGCCCGCAUCAUUGACUUGGAGACAUACAACCUCCUUAAACGGGGCACGAGGGACAUCCGUGAUAUAAUGGAGAUGACCAGUGUGAAACAGUAUCUCUAUGGCACAGGCUGUGUUGCUGGGGUCACAACAGACUCAAGCUCCAAGAUAAGCAUAUACCAAGCAAUGAAGAGAGAUUUUUUGAAACCAGAACAAGCCCUCAGCCUCCUAGAAGCACAAGCUGCAACAGGAUUCAUUGUCGAUCCAGUCAAAAAUGAAACGCUCACGGUUGACGAAGCUGUUCGUAAGGGUGUUGUCGGCCCUGAGAUCCAUGACAGACUUCUGUCAGCUGAGAGAGCAGUCACAGGAUACAAAGAUCCAUACAGUGGUAAACCCAUAUCUCUCUUCCAGGCCAUGAAAAAGGGUCUUGUUCCAGAGGAUUAUGCUCUGAAAAUGUUAGAGGCACAAACCGCCACUGGUGGUAUUAUUGAUCCUGAAUUCCAGAUCCACCUGCCAGCAGACAUUGCCAUGCAAAGAGGUUACAUCAACAAGGAAAUCAACGAGAAGCUGACUGACAGUGUUAAAGGAUUUGUUGACCCCGUCACUGACGAGAAGCUGUCUUAUGCACAGCUGCUCAGGACAUGCAAGUUAGAUGGUGGGUUGCGCCUACUCGUCCUGGGAGACAAGAGGCUGAUGUUUAAGGGUCUGAGGAAACAGAUCACAAUCGAGGAGCUGAUCCGCUGUAAUAUUAUUGACCAGGAGACUGUCACUGCACUGUAUAAUGGUACUAUCUCAGUGGAGGAGGUUAGCGCUAAACUAUCAAGGUACCUUGAGGGCACAAGCUGUAUUGCUGGUGUAUUUGUAGAGUCUACAAAGGAUCGUCUAUCAAUUUACCAGGCCAUGAAGAAGAACAUGAUUAGGCCAGGCACAGCGUUUGAACUCCUUGAGGCACAGGCAUCCACAGGAUAUGUCAUUGAUCCAAUCAAAAACCUCAAACUGACUGUCAAUGAAGCAGUGAGAAUGGGAAUCGUAGGACCCGAAUUCAAAGACAAGCUCCUCUCUGCUGAACGUGCAGUGACAGGAUAUAGAGAUCCGUAUUCAGGCACGACAAUCUCCCUGUUCCAGGCGAUGCAGAAGGGGCUCAUCUUGAAAGAUCAUGGUAUCCGUCUCCUGGAAGCCCAGAUUGCCACGGGUGGAAUCAUUGACCCAGAGGAAAGUCACCGACUGCCAGUUGAGAUGGCCUACAAACGUGGCUUCUUUGAUGAGGAAAUGAAUGAGAUCUUGACAGACCCAUCUGAUGACACUAAAGGCUUCUUUGAUCCCAACACUGAGGAAAACCUAACCUACCUCGGGCUCAUGGAGAGGUGUAUCACUGAUCCCGACACUGGGCUGGUGCUCCUGCUAUUGAAAGAAAAGAAGCGGGAAAGGAAGACCUCCUCCAAAUCCUCAGUUCGUAAACGCAGAGUUGUCAUCGUAGACCCGGAGACUGGCAAAGAAAUGACUGUGUACGAGGCCUACAGAAAGGGACUCAUUGACCACCAAACCUACCUGGAGCUUGCUGAGCAGGAGUGCGAAUGGGAAGAGAUCACAAUGACCUCCUCUGAUGGUACUUCCAAAUCCAUCAUCAUUGACAGGAGGUCAGGGAGACAGUACGACGUUGAUGAUGCUCUUACUCGUAGCCUCAUUGACCAGAAAGCCCUUGAUUCAUACCGAUCUGGAAACCUCUCCAUCACAGAAUUUGCUGACAUGCUCUCUGGAAGCAUGGGAGGCUUCCGCUCACGCACAUCCUCCUUUGGUUCCGCCACUGGUUCCACCGCUGGUUCCACCUACUCCUCUCCCAUGAGCCCCGUACCCACCAUUAAAGCACCUGCAGUCAUAUGGAAUGACCCAGCAGAGGAGACUGGUCCCAUAGCUGGAAUAUUGGACAUAGACACGCUGGAGAAGGUGUCUGUCACUGAGGCCAUACACAGAAACCUGAUAGACAACAUCAGUGGCCAAAGAUUGUUGGAGGCCCAAGCCUGCACAGGAGGAAUAAUUGACCCCGUAACUGGAGAGAGAUUCCCAGUCAUUGAGGCUACAGAAAAAGGUCUUGUGGAUAAAAUCAUGGUCGAUCGCCUCAACCUGGCUCAAAAGGCAUUCAAUGGAUUUGAAGACCCCAGAACUAAAGUAAAGAUGUCUGCCUCCCAGGCUCUAAAGAAAGGCUGGUUGUAUUAUGAGGCUGGGCAGCGUUUCCUUGAAGUCCAAUAUCUGACUGGUGGACUUAUUGAGCCUGAUGUCGAGGGCAGAGUGCCACUAGAUGAAUCCAUCAGGAAGGGCACAAUCGAUGCCCGCACUGCCCAGAAACUGAGAGAUGUCGGUUCUUAUUCUAGAUAUCUAACAUGUCCAAAAACCAAACUGAAAAUCUCCUUCAAAGAUGCCAUGGACAAAAGCAUGGUCGAGGAAGGAACUAGCCUAAGACUUCUGGAGGCCUCCUCACAAUCCAGCAAAGGCCUCUACAGUCCCUACAAUGCCAGCAACCCUGGAUCCAACUACGGCUCCCGGACUGGCUCAAGGACCGGAUCCCGAUCAGGCUCCAGGAGAGGCAGCAUUGAUGCUGGCUUCAGCAUGACUCUGUCAUCCUCCUCUUACACAUCCUCCUCAACUGGCUACAGCCGCAGAUACUGAUUAGCUAGCUCUGUUUCUAACAAUAACCCAAGUGUCUAAGAACCAACAAUUCUAAGGCACUUUACAGUUGCAUUUUCAUAGGAAAAACUAGUUACAGUAACAAAGAAAAUAUAAUUUAUUUAUUCUGCCCUGCAUGUGGUCACAUCAAGAAUUGCCUAGGCUAUUGAUUUGUUUUCCAUCUAUAACAGAUGUCUAAACAUGUGCCUCAUAUAUGGAAACAUAAGCAAGAAUUGCUAGAUAUAUAAAAUAUUAUUUUUCUUUAGUACUAAUUACCAAGUCAGUUUAUAUUUUUCAAAGCAAAGCAUGACAUUUCUGCUUUUUUUUAAAGUGAAUUUAUAGUUUUCAUUUUACACUUGUUAAAAAGUUGUAUACUUGCUUUCUGAAACUAAUAUAUACUGUAUGUAUGUCAAACAGAGAUAUUUUUCCAGUAUUCCUUUGAAAUUCAAGGAUAUUUGUCUAUUUUUUAUCUUUUUCGACAGUCCUACUUAAUGAGAUACCGUAUGUCAACUUAGUUCUAAUGUUUUUAACCGCUCCUAAAAUACAUAGAUGCCUUCACCUUUCUGAAUGUUUGUAUAGAGUAUGGACAGAUGUUGUGUUAUGUUUUUAUGUUAAAUGUUGCCUGGGUAACUAAAUAAUAUACCCAGCAAGAAUACACCUGUGAGACACUAUAAAAUGAGACACUACAGGAGUACAACCAUGAGAAGACAUGCCAGAAUUAAAAUUAUGCAGACUAUUCUGAAACCAGUUUCACAUCUGUCUGUUAUUUUGUACUUAUGCCCAUUUAUAUUUAGUGGACUUUUGCAUCUUUAGGGUUCAUUACACCAUUGUUUUACACAAGUUUUAGAUUCUAUGUAUUCACCAUCAGUCGAGUGUUCCUGGUUAAUCCCAAGAUGAUGUCAGACUUGAUCCUGCUCUCCCAUACAGACCUGCAUCCUGUUAUUUUGGUUCUUUCCCUCAGAACAGAUACUCAGUUGGCCGGAGCAUACAAUCCCCUCGACUUGGAUGGAUUUGCGAGUCCAUGUCAUCCUCACGCAGUUACACAGAUCUGCCAUUGAGUAUGUCCUUUUCUUCCAUUGCACAUCACAUUUGAAGAAGGCUGGGGCUGAGUCAACCUGAAAUCAUCUUGGGAUACCUUUCUAGGAACACUCUUCAUUCAUUACCUUUUUUCAUAUAUUUAUUACUUGAAUACUAUUAGUCAUAUUUGUCUUGUCGUACCCUGUUUUUUUUUGUUUUUUUUAAAGAACACUCCCAAAUCAUACACACAUCUGCAUAUUCUUUCAUUUAAAUUGGGAUUAACUGUAGUGGUAGACCAGCACAUCUUCAUUCAGCUGCUCUUAAAUCCACUGAAUAUAUUUUUGUAUCAUCUCUCUCUCUGUAAAUUCAGUCCUACCAAAGUGCUAAAAAAAAUACAUUUGGAGAAUUGACAUGUUCGAUACAGCACUACAUUGCAUGAAUGUAUGUAUUAUAUCAAAUUAACUCAUUUCAGUUGACAUUUUGCCACAGAUUUCCUUUGCAAACUGAAAAAGAGCUUGACGCUUUAUUUUGCUUAAACUUAUUUUUUCCGCAGCAAGUAUUUCUGUUAUGUAUCUCUAUAAAGUGUUUUACCUCUGUAAAUCUUUUUAUUUUGUUUUCAUCAAGUUUUUGAUAUAACAUGAAUUUGCCUUGCAUGUUUUACUAACAUUACAAAGGAUAUUUUGGGGGAAAAUAUUAAUGUAAAAUAAAGACAACUGCAGAUGUAGCUGUGCUGAUUUAUAUUUUUAGCAAUAUAUCCAUUUACAAACUAACUGGUUUGUUUUGCUUAUGGGACAGAUUUUACUUUGAAUGAUGUGGUGAGUGGAUUCUGUUGUAUGUUUUGAACAUUAACACUAUGUUGUAAAUAAAUAUGCUCUGAAGAA